AUGCCUACCCCCGUCAUCAACUCCAACGGCUCCUCGAGUCUAAGAAACGUCCAGUCGGUACCCAACCACGUCCGCACCAUCUGCUGUAUCGGUGCUGGCUACGUCGGUGGUCCUACUUGCUCCGUUAUCGCGCUCAAGUGCCCUCACAUCAAGGUCACCAUCGUCGAUGUCAACCCUGUCCGAAUAGCUGCAUGGAACUCGGACCUUCUUCCCGUGUUCGAGCCUGGUCUUGAUGAGGUGGUUCGUCAGUGCCGCGGACGCAACCUUUUCUUCUCCACUGACAUCGAUGCUGCUAUCCAGGAGGCCGAUCUGAUCUUUGUUUCCGUCAACACUCCCACCAAGACCUCUGGUGUUGGCAAAGGCUUUGCCGCCGACCUUCACUACGUAGAGGCUUCCACUCGUCGCAUUGCUUCCGUAGCAACCAGCUCCAAGAUCAUCGUUGAAAAGUCCACCGUGCCCUGCCGAACAGCAGCGAGCAUGAGGACCAUUCUCGAGUCCAACUCUACCUACACUGCCGAUGGAACCCUCAUUUCUUUCCAAAUCCUCUCCAACCCCGAGUUUCUUGCCGAAGGAACCGCAAUCCGCGAUUUGAUGGCACCAGACCGUGUUUUGAUUGGCUCGCUCGACACUCAACAGGGUAAAGCAGCCGCAGGAGCUCUCAGUGAAGUAUACCAGAACUGGGUUGAUCCUUCCAAGAUCUACGAGACUGGUCUCUGGUCCUCCGAGCUCUCCAAGCUUGCUGCCAACGCUUUGCUCGCGCAGCGUAUUUCCAGUAUCAACUCUCUCUCUGCCAUUUGCGAGGCUACUGGUGCUGAUGUCGACGAAGUUGCUCACGCUUGUGGUCUCGACGCCCGUAUCGGACCAAAGUUCCUCAAAGCUUCCGUUGGAUUCGGUGGAAGCUGCUUCCAGAAGGAUAUCUUGAACCUUGUCUACCUGUCCGAGUCCCUCGGUUUGAGCGAGGUGGCAGACUACUGGCACCAGGUCAUCAAGAUGAACGAAUACUCCAAAUCUCGUUUCGCCCGCAAGGUCAUUUCGACCCUCUUCAAUACCAUCACAUACAAGAAGAUCGCCGUUCUCGGCUUCGCCUUCAAGAAGGACACCGGUGAUACCCGUGAAUCGGCAGCCAUCACCCUCUGCAAGUACUUCAGACAAGAACGCGCCCUGAUCUCGAUCUACGACCCUAAGGUCACUCACAACCAGAUCAUGCUCGAUCUCACCGAGCCAGGUGUCGUUGAUGAUGCGGAGAAUGCCAAGCAGCAGGUCAAGAUCGCCGGAUCGAUGAAGGAGGCCUGCGAGGAUGCUGAGGCCGUUAUCAUCUGCACUGAGUGGGACGAAUUCAAGAACGCCACCGCUCAGGACUGGGCUGAGAUCUACUCUAGCAUGAAGAAGCCUGCGUUUGUGUUCGACGGACGUGGAAUUGUCGAUGCAAAGGUGCUUCGCAGCGUCGGCUUCAAGGUUCACGCUGUCGGCAAGGGCCCUCUCAUCGUUGACCCCAUCUGGGCCUAA